AAAAGCGCCCUUGUUUUUUCUUUGGCAAUGCAAAAGCCUAAGAAGUUGCUCAAGUGACGUUGUGCAGCUUGAUCUAAACACCGCUACCACCUUCCUCCAACAAUAUCCCCAUGAGUACCACCACCACAACCACCGCCAUCAGCGGCGCCGGCCUUUCCAUAGACAAGGAGGAGUCAACGGAGACACGGAUCAGGAGGCUGAUAUCGGAGCACCCUGUCAUCAUCUUUAGCCGAUCGUCUUGUUGCAUGUGUCACGUCAUGAAAAAGCUCUUAGCCACCAUCGGGGUUCACCCUACUGUCAUCGAACUUGAUGACCAUGAGAUCGCUUCCCUCCCUCUACCGCCGGCUCGCGAUAGCCUCUCCUCUCGCAAUCCUGCCCCCGCCGUGUUCAUUGGUGGAACCUGCGUCGGCGGCCUUGAAUCCCUCGUGGCUCUUCACCUUAGUGGCAACCUCGUCCCAAAGCUCGUCGAAGUUGGCGCACUCUGGGAGCUCUGGUCAGGGGUUUGAUCUGAUUUAGGACAACGAGCAAUGAGUGAAAUUGGGCCCAUGGAACUGGGUUCCAUACUUCCAUUUCCAAUUAUUGAGCAAUCAGAGCCUUUGAAAUUUGUUCCUGACAGGGUCUUGAUCAAACAGAAUGGUUAACUUAAUAAUGUGAUCUGGGGUUUUGGAGGAAGAUGAUUUUGUGAUGCCUUCUUUUUUUUUUUUUUUUCUUUCUGACAAUGACGAGCCCCGGUCCAAGUGGUCAUUGUCGCAUAAUCUGACAAAGUUCGUCCAAUUAUCAUUAAGAAGAAAAAGAAAUAAUAUCCUGGA